UCUAACGAAAUGUCUCCCUUCAUUGUAUUUGUUUUAUGUGCGCAGGCUUGCCUGAUCCAGACCGUGCUAAGCCAGUCCUGCGGUUUCCCGCAACUUCCCUACUCCGGAAUCGGCGGGCUGAACAACGCACCGCCGCCGACGCCGACGCCGGCGCCGCCGUGCGCGUCGUACGGCGGCGCGGGCACGGGCCAGGUGGCCGUGUCCGGCGACAUCGACGCGAGCGGCCAGACCGUCGUCGUCGGCUCCGUGCCCGUGCUCGGCUCCGUCGACUUCAGUGGCACCGUGCCCGCGUCCGGCUCCGUAUCCAUCUCCGGACAGUGCGGAUGCGGUUGCAACUAGUCGAAAUCCCAGUAUUUUAGUAUAAUAUAAACAAUUUAUAAAUA